UGGAGGACUGCAGACUGAAACACCAGUCUGACACACAGCAAUGCAUUCUACCAUGAUCCUUCUGGGCAUCUUGUUUGUCUUGCUGACCCAGGCGUACACUCUACCUCUUAAGAAUUCUACUGGGGUGCAUGAGGGGAAAGUGAGGUUGAAAAGGAAAUACUCAGAUGAAAUUGUAGACCGUGACGAAAUGAACGCAAUGGACCAAAUCCUGAUAGUCAAUGGCAGGCUGCGAGUCCCCCGAGGACUGGCAUUCAGAGAGGGAGAUAUUGCCAGCUCGUAUAUACGGAGUGCCAUAACCUGCCCUGGCAAUGCCUGUCUGUGGCCUAAAUCAAUUGAUGGAUUUGUUUAUGUACCCUACAUCCUCUCUCCACUAUAUGACGACAUGGACAGAAUCACCAUAGAGAAUGGGAUGCAAGACAUUUCCACUGACACAUGUAUUAAGUUCGUUCCACGCACUCAUGAAGGCAACUUCCUUGAUAUUCAGCCCAGAUAUGGCUGCUGGUCAUUCCUGGGGCAGACUGGCGGAAGCCAGACCCUGUCACUGCAGACCCCUGGGUGCAUGUGGUCAGGAGUGGCUGCCCACGAGUUAAUGCACGCCCUUGGCUUUGUGCACGAGCAGUCUCGCUCAGACCGAGACCACUAUGUCACAAUUGUAUGGAAAAACAUCUUGCCAGACCAAAUGCAUAACUUCAGGAAACAGGUGACAAACAAUCUCAAUAGCCCAUAUGACUACAACUCUGUCAUGCAUUAUGGAAGAUAUGCCUUCUCUGAAGAUGGUGGACCAACUAUAAUCCCCAAACCUGAUCCUUACAUUCCCAUUGGCCAGAGAGAUGGACCCAGUAUUCUAGACCUUCACAAAAUAAAUGUCCUAUAUAACUGUGGUGCCAACGAGUAACUGGAUCCAGAGUGUGACAUCCUGUUAUUAUUAAAUCUGCUCUCAGGUCAUGUCAGAUGUGGAAAAAAGGUUAAUUAUAACUUCUGGUCUUAAGUAGAAAAUACGGGCAACAUUACAGCAAUUUCAUUUUUCUCUCUUAGUGUUUUGAAUUAUCACAAAUUCUAGUCUGUACUUUUAGAUUGUGUUCACUCAUUUCUGAGUGCAAUCUUCUGAUCUGCGGUGUCACACUGUGCAAAUUAAAAGGGCCUUAAAAUUGCAUUUCUCUAAUAUAACUAAAAUUAGCAUUGUGAUAAGUUUUACGUGCCUGCCGCUGACAACUAGAUUGCUGCAUCCAAUCUCUGAAUCACUUUGUUCCAUCCUCU